AUGGAGAGAUCCAACGACAGCUGCGCCUACGGUUUCAUCCUGGUGGGCUUCUCCGACCGCCCCAAGCUGGAGAUGGCGCUCUUCACGGUCAACCUCACUCUGUACUCGGUGGCCGUGCUGGGGAACUGCACCAUCAUCCUCGUGUGCGUCCUCGACCCGCGACUGCACACCCCGAUGUACUUCUUCCUGGCAAACCUGUCUUUCCUCGACCUCUGCUUCAGCACCAGCUGCGUCCCCCAGAUGCUGGCCAACCUCUGGGGCCCGGACAAGAGCAUCAGCCUGGGCGGCUGCAGCGUGCAGCUGUUCGCGUUCCUCUCGGUGGGCGGAGUGGAGUGCAUCCUCCUGGCCGUCAUGGCCUACGACCGCUACGCGGCCGUGUGCAGGCCCCUGCACUACAGCGCCAUCAUGCACCCGCAGCUGUGCCUGCGCCUGCUGGCUGCGGCCUGGGGCAGCGGCCUGCUCAAUGCCGUCGUCAUGUCGCCGCUGACGAUGACCCUCCCCAGGUGCGGCCGCCGCCGAGUCAACCACUUCCUGUGCGAGAUGCCCGCGCUCAUCAAGAUGGCUUGCGUGGAUGCGCGCGCGGUGGAGAUGCUGGCCUUCGCCUUCGCCAUCCUCAUCGUCCUGCUGCCCCUCGGCCUCAUCCUGGUCUCCUACGGCUACAUCGCCGCGGCCGUGCGGCGCAUCAAGUCGGCUGCCGGGAGGAGGAAGGCCUUGAACACCUGCAGCUCCCACCUCACCGUGGUCUCCCUGUUCUAUGGGAGCAUCAUCUACAUGUACAUGCAGCCCGGAAACAGCUCUUCCCAGGACCAAGGCAAGUUCCUCACCCUCUUCUACAACCUGGUGACCCCCAUGCUGAACCCGCUCAUCUACACGCUCAGGAACAAGGAGGUGAAGAGCGCCCUGAAGAAGGUCCUGGGGAGGCGGUGA